AUUUAUUAGAGUUUUAUUUAAUAGACAAAAAUUAAAAAUGUGAACAGCCCAUUACUGGUGCGGGUACCGCCUCCUCAGUUCAGUAUGAACAGCCCUCCCUCCGAUCGACAGAUACGAGUUCAUGAAAGAGGAGCUGAACAUCCCUCCCUCCGAUCGACAAACGCAAUAGGAAAUCCGGCGGCUUUUGUUAGCGGCGUCGGGCUUGGUGAAAGAGCUGAGCUGAGCUGUUGGUGAAGGAAGCCAGGCCAGAGAAAUGGAGAAAGUAAGCAUUCACUAAUUAGAAUCAGUUCCCACACCGACGACGGAAGGCUGGGCGACUCCUGACUGGGUCUAUAAAUAAUAAGGUAAGUUUUAGGACACAUGCUCUUUUGGAUCAGCACCUAGAAGGGUGGAAUGAAAGCUUAAAGGAGCUUGCAUUCAAGAGCCGUAAGUUUAUAUGGGAGGAAAUGUCUUAUUUGGAGAGAUGGUGGAGGGAUGCAUCAGAUGCAAAGAAAGAAUCCUUCAUCAAUUUAGUACAGAAUGGACAACUAGAAAUCGUAGGAUGUGGUUGGGUGAUGAAUGAUGAGGCUAAUUCACACCACUUUGCAAUCAUAGAACAGGAGGAUCGACCGAGUGUACAUGAAAGUUUGAGUUAAUUUGCAUCCUCUGUGUAUACGGCGGCCUAUUUGCUAUGGUUCAACAAAUAAAUGUCGACUGUUCGAUGAUUGUAAUAAAGAGAUCAGGAACUGUUGACUUGCUCAAAGAAGUGAAUACCUGAAAUGAUUGAACACAAUUUGCUUUGAAGAUAAGGAUCGUGGGAGAUGCUUGGAAGGAUAUGCAAGUUUUUUUUGCUCAGGUUUGAAUUAGAUUAUAAGAUGCCCUUCUGUCAUCUGUCAGGCACCCUUUUUAAAUUAGAAAUUACUCUGUCAAUCAUUUUUUACCUUAACCAUCAUUGGAACAAAGCUGAUUAUGAGUACAAUUCUGAAGUUUGUUAAUUUCACUUCAUCUACUAUUGAGUUUCUUCUUUCUGACUGUUUAUUGGUUUAUCUUCCCUUUCCCUGUAACAUUCUUCCUGGCUGGUGUGUAUAUUAUGAAGUAUGUUGAGAUAUAUAAUAGCCUCACAGGUAUAUUUAUGAAGUAUGCUGAGAUAUAUAAUAGCCUCACAGGUAUAUGUUACUCCUGUUCGCUAUUUAUCUCCACAUAUGACUUUUCAUAGACAUCUUGAAAACGGAAAUGUGUCGAGAUUUUUCAUAGAAAUAAAACAAAAAUGCAAUUCUUUCAAUAAAAAGAGAUAAUUUAGGGACCACAAGGAAGUGUGAAAUCGGCAACUCGGCAAAUAAGCAUUACUGUAUAUUUUUUUACGAAUUUAGAAGCUAGCAAGUUAUUUUAUAUUUUGAAUUCAUUCAGGGGAAAAGGAAUACUGUAGGAAACCUAGUUCAUAUUACUGGUGAAUGUGGCUUAGUUGUUUUCCAUACACAUUACACAUACUUCUAGGGAAACACAAAGUUAUAAUAUCUUCUCGCUUCCCUUUCCAAGCAGAAAAAGGAAAAAAGAGUGAGGUGAACAAGAUAUUUUAUGAACUUCCUCCGACCUCUAAUCUAUGUGGCUGAUCUGUAAGCAUCUACAGUGUUGGAGUGUUGGGCUUGUGAUGCUGGAACUAAUAUUAGGAUCACCAAAUGUGUUCCAGAUAAGUUUUAGGACACAUGCUCUUUUGGAUCAGCACCUAGAAGGGUGGAAUGAAAGCUUAAAGGAGCUUGCAUUCAAGAGCCGUAAGUUUAUAUGGGAGGAAAUGUCUUAUUUGGAGAGAUGGUGGAGGGAUGCAUCAGAUGCAAAGAAAGAAUCCUUCAUCAAUUUAGUACAGAAUGGACAACUAGAAAUCGUAGGAUGUGGUUGGGUGAUGAAUGAUGAGGCUAAUUCACACCACUUUGCAAUCAUAGAACAGAUAACAGAGGGUAAUUUAUGGCUUAAUGAAACUUGCGGUGUUGUUCCAAAAAAUUCGUGGGUGAUUGAUCUUUUCGGAUACUCUCUAACAAUGGCAUACCUUUUACGUCGUAUGGGUUUCGAGAAUAUGCUCAUACAGAGGACACAUUAUGAAUUGAAGAAGGAACUGGCUUUGUAUAGAAAUUUAGAAUUCGUAUGGCGGCAGAGCUGGGAUGCUGAAGAAACAACUGACAUGUUUGCUCAUAUGAUGCCCUUUUAUUCCAAUGAUAUUCCACAUACUUGUGGGCCUGAGCCUGCAAUAUGCUUUCAAUUUGACUUUGCUAGAACCUAUGGCUUUACGUAUGAGCGCUGCCCUUGGGGAGAAUAUCCACAGGAGACCACGCCAGAAAAUGUUAAAGGAAGAGCACUAAAGCUGCUGGAUCAAUACAGAAAGAAAUCAACACUAUAUCGCACAAAUACUCUUCUUAUUCCCCUCGGAGAUGAUUUCCGCUAUGUCACUGUUGAUGAGGCUGAAGCUCAGUUCAGGAAUUAUCAGCUUCUGCUUGAUUAUAUCAAUUCUGAUCCGGACUUGAAUGCAGAAGCAAAAUUCGGUACCUUGGAAGAUUAUUUCCGGACUCUUCGUGAAGAGGCUGAUAGGGUAAAUUACUCCCGUCCAAAUGAGAUUGGUUGUAUUGAGAUUGGUGGGUUUCCUUCUCUUUCAGGCGAUUUCUUCACAUAUGCUGACAGACAGCAAGAUUACUGGAGUGGUUAUUAUGUUUCUCGGCCUUUCUUCAAGGCUGUUGAUUGUGUGUUGGAGCAAACCCUCUGCGGUGCUGAAAUGAUGAUGGUUUUCCUAUUUGGUCAUUGUCAGAAACCACAAUGUGAGCGGUUACCUACCGGAUUUUCCUAUAAGUUGGCAGCGGCUAGGAGGAACCUAGCGCUGUUCCAACAUCAUGAUGGGGUUACUGGUACAGCUAAGGACCACGUAGUUAAUGAUUAUGGGGUGAGAAUGCACAUAGCUUUGCAAGAUCUUCAAAUAUUCAUGUCAAAGGCCGUAGAGGUGUUGCUUGGGAUUCGCCAUGAAAAGAAUGAACCGAACCCAUCUCAGUUUGAGGCUGCACAAGUGAGAUCUAAAUACGAUGCUCAGCCAGUGCACAAAGCCAUGUCUGCUCAUGAAGGGACAGUCCAGACUGUGGUGAUAUUUAAUCCACUAGAGCAGACAAGACACGAGGUUGUGAUGGUAAUUGUUGACAGACCUGAGGUGACAAUCUUGGACUCAAAUGGGACAUGUGUGAGAAGCCAGAUAUCUCCAGAGAUGCAACAACACUACAGCAGCAAGGAGGAUGAAACAUUAUUCUCUGUAGACAUCGUGUAUACUGGAAAGCUUCGGUCCCCCCGUUAGGGUUGCAAACUUAUUAUGUCGCUAAUGGGUUUGCCGGUUGUGAAAAGGCCAUACCAGCAGAGGUCAAAUGGUUCGUGCCUUCUUCCAAUAUUUCUUGUCCCAAACCAUAUACUUGCUCAAGAAUGGAGGGUGAAGAAGCAAUAAUAAGUACUCGGCAUCAGACGUUGACAUUUAGCAUGAAGGAUUGUUACAGAGCGUUAGUCAUACCAAUGGCCGCCAUAAUGUUGUUAUUGGGGAGGAAAUAUGUACUCUAGCACUGAGAGUGGAGCUUACCUAUUCAAACCAAACGGCGAUGCUCAGCCCAUUUUUGUAGCCGGUGGGUCGAUGGUUAUCUCGGCGGGUCACUUGGUGCAGGAAGCUUACUCAUUCCCAAAGACACAAUGGGACAAAGCUCCAAUUUCCCAUAGCACUCGCAUAUAUGAUUAUGGUGGUGGUGACAGUUCCUCGAUACAAGGAAAUUCAUCGAAAAGAAGUACCAUGUAGGGGUGGGCAAACGGGUCUUGGAACCGCGGUCCGGUCCGGGUAAUGGCAGUUCGGGUCCAAAAUGGGCCGGUUCCAUUUUUUGUUGCCAUAAAACGGUCCGGGUAGGGUCGGGUAAUUUUUUUUUUAAGGAACCGGACCGGUUCCAAAAUUAAAAAAUAACGGGUACCCGGCCCGGCCCGUUAUAUAUUGUAUAUUAAUUUAUUAUUAGUUUUGUGAUAAUCGGUUUUGAAAAAGUUUUGUUUCUUUUGCUAGAAGUAGGAUUUUAAAUUGAGUUGCAGUAACAUCC